GGUAAUUAGAAAAAAAACAAAAAGUAAAAAAAAACAAAUAUACUGGAUGGGCUGAAUGUCCUCCUGUGCCUAUGUGCAUACAGCUCUAGUUUUUUGUUGGAAUGAAUGGAGAAUCAGUGGUACAUCUGAUGCGAUCUUCCAACAUUUCUCUCGAGCACAACGGUAGCAAUUUUGUCUCUGUCUUUGAAUUCAUCAUUGCAUAACUGAGUUUCUCUCUAAAUUUUUUAACAGCAGUGUUAAAGUGCAUUAUUGUUCACUAGAUCACUCAACGGUCAGGAAAAACUUGGAAAUUUUUUGAACGGCAGCCACAAUGCAGGAAAUUGUGUCUAAAAGGUUCGAGUGGCACAACAGAUUCUAACUGAUCCGCUGUGUCCACAACUCAUAAGUGCACGUACUUGUGGCUAUGAGCGGGGAAAUGUGUAUUUAAAGCCAGGCGUCACUGUGAAUGAACUCGUCACUGAGGGAGCUGGUGUGAGCGGGGAGAUGACCUGGCAAUGGCUUAUGUCUGGUCACCCUGGAGACAGCAGCGGAAAAAAAACCUUACAAAAAGGUUGAGCGUCGGGUCAGCCGAGCGCAUCAGCUAGGGACUGGAAGUCAGGCGGGCUGUUGUGUGAGAGACAGGUGGGGUAGGGAAAAAGACACACGGGGAUGGUGACCAAACCGGUGGGCCACGGGUCCAGGAAGGCGGGGACACCCCCACCUUCCAGCAAAGCUCAGAAAUCUACCUCCCGGUUGACCCAGAGCGUCAAGUCCGUGGACGUGAAGUCCGGCAAGGUGCUGAAGGAGAUCCGGUCGGUGAUGAUCGACCUGGGCACCGGCUACUGCAAGGCGGGUUACGCCGGGCAGCCGAGGCCCUCGGUGGUGAUGUCCUCGGUGGUGGGCCGGCCGGUGCAGAGGAGCGCCAAGACCGGCGACAACCGGCAGGAGAACUUCGUGGGCGACGAGUUCUGCCGGUCGGAGCUGCAGCUCAAGCCGGUGAGCCCGCUGCGGCACGGCAUCGUGGUGGACUGGGAGGCGGUGGAGGCCAUCUGGGCGCACGUCUUCCAGUACGGCAUGCGGAUCCUGCCCGAGGAGCACGCCGUGAUGGUGGCCGACCCGCCGCUCAGCCCCAGCACCAACCGCGAGAAGAUGGCGGAGCUGUUGUUCGAGACCUUCAACACUCCCGCCAUGCACAUCGCCUACCAGUCCAUCCUGUCGCUGUACUCGUACGGCCGCACCACCGGCCUCGUGGUGGAGUGCGGUCACGGGGUCACGCACGUGGUGCCCGUGCACGAGGGCUACACCAUGCCGCACGUGACGGGCAGGGCGGACUACGGCGGCGCGGACCUCAACGACUACCUGCUCAGGCUGCUGAACGAGGCGGGAAACCGCUUCACCGAGAAGGGCCUGCACAUCGUCGAGGACAUCAAGAAGAAGUGCUGCUACACCGCCGUCAACUUCGAGCAGGACAUGAACCUCGACGUCAACGAGUACCUGGUGGAGUACGAGCUGCCCGACGGUCACGUCAUCGCCAUCGGCAAGGAGAGGUUCCGCUGCCCCGAGGCCCUCUUCAACCCGUCGAUGAUCGGCUCCAAGGAGCCCGGGGUCCACUCGCUGGCCCUGCACAGCCUCGACCAGUGCGACAGCAACCUCAAGUACGAGAUGUACAGCAACAUCCUGCUGUGCGGCGGCUCCACCCUCUUCGACGGCUUCGCCGACCGCCUGCAGAAGGAGAUGAACAAGAUGGAGCGCGGCAUGAACCCCACCGUGCACGCCAUCCCCGAGAGGAAGUAUUCGGUCUGGCUCGGAGGCUCCAUCAUGGCCUCUCUCAAAUCCUUCCAGCAGCUCUGGGUUCGCAAGAGAGACUAUGAUGAACGGGGUCCCUAUGUCAUUUACCGCAAGUGCUUCUAAAGACUGCUUCAUGCAGCCGUGGCUUCAUUUUCUUUCGUUGCACAUUUUUAAAAUUCUUGGCUCGCCUCCGACAUUUUAAGUACAUCUAAUUUAUCAUGAUUACUACCAAGCCGCAGCACUACUGUCAUAACUGUAAUAAAGCAUUUGCAAAUUAACUGGUCAGUUUUAUUUGGUUUCCAGAAGAGCGGGAAAGUCUGCACAUUGGGUACAGUCAGUGGACUCUUGCUGUGCGCUCCGAUUGACUUUCAUCCAAUUCAAGAACACAGAUCGGGCAUUAUUUCCUUCCUGGAGACUGCUGCGGUACAGGAGCAAAAACGUUUUGCUACAGUUGUAUAGGGUCUUAGUAAGAUCACACCUGAUAUUGAAUUGUGUGCAGUUUGCCUCUUUGUCUUAACUAUCUUUCUUAAACAGUGGCAUCGCGUUAGCCAACC